AUGGGUACCAUCAGUAGAUUGUCCUCGAUUGCCAUUGUCGGAGCGGGCACGGGAGGAAUCGGCGCACUUAGGGCUCUCCUGGAGCUCCCUGAAGAUAUUCGGACAGGCUGGAAGAUUGACGUCUUCGAGCAGACCGCUAGCGUAGGUGGGAUCUGGGUUCCUCAGCCGAACCCUCCGUCCCCGCCGGAACUUCCGACCACUCCUUUGUACCCUGCUUUGCGGACGAAUACCCCGCACCCUACCAUGACGUACCCGCAUUUCCCAUUUCCUCCCAUGACUAACCUUUUCCCGCAUCACGACGCCUUGCAACAAUAUCACGACGACUACGUCGAACAUUUCAAUAUGCGUCCAUUUAUUCACUUCAAUACCUCUGUUGUCAAUGCUACAUAUGACCAAGCUUUACAUUGGGACAUCACCGUUCAAAGAGCGGAUGGUGAUACAUCGCAUGGACAUUAUGACCAGCUCGUCGUCGCCAACGGACAUAAUCGGUACCCAUAUUCACCCCACUGGGAUGGCGAGGACGAAUGGCUCAGGCAAGGUGAUGGUCAGCGACAAAUUUUGCACUCACUAUGGUAUCGAGAGCCGGAGAAAUACGCUGGGCGAUUCGUGAUAGUGGUGGGUGAUGGAGCUAGUGGCAGGGACAUGGCUCAGCAGACCGUUCCGUUGGCUGGGAAGGUAUAUCAUUCGUACGACAAUGACACCAUCAAACCCAUCAAACUUCCUCCCGUCCCCGGAACUAUCGUCAAGCCCCGUAUCUCGCACUUCACGGAAAACGCCAUCGUAUUCAUCGACAACACGACGCUGGAAACGCCGUUGAAUACUACUAUACUGCUUGCCACGGGAUACAGUUUGCUAGUGCCGUGGUUGACUCAGCUCACUGUAUCUCCUCCGGACGGCGUUGACGACACCACAUUGAAUCUAACGACCAAUAAGCGCUACAUCCGCCCGCUCUACCGGCACUGUCUGUCCUUAGAUCCGUCGAUACCGCCGAACGCCCUAUCUUUCGUCGGUCUGCCGUUGUGGAUCGCCAAUGCUCCCAGUGACUAUGCUCAGGGACAGUUGGUAGCCCACACUAUUGCGGAUCCGCACUGGCUGCCAAGCCGCGAAGAGCUACUGGCUGAUCUUGAGGAGCAGGAGUCCGGUCUUCAGAAGCAAGGCAUCGAUCCUUAUCGCUACGGCCAUGCAUUCACCGGCGAGGGAGCUUCAGAAGCAUACAUGAACGGGCUUAUCGACCUGCUCCGGAACAAGUCGAGCAUCCCGCUCCCGGACUUCCUGGCUGACAAGAGCAAGCCAUACCUGGAGCCUUGGCGGCGGCGCAAUCGGGAGCAGACGUGGCUGACGCGCCGGGGAUGGCUGAGGGCGGAACAACUCGGUAUCCAGGACAGCUUCAUCAAGGGUGCUGAAACGGAGGACGACUGGGUCCACGUCCUGGAAAGGAUAGCGGAAUGGGAGCGGAAGCAGGAAGAGGAACACGGCCCUAUAGAGGUAGUAGAGGAGCCUUUGUAG